AUGCCGCUAGCCGGCGGGGGGACACCCGCCAAUUCGCUAGAAAACCUCACCGGCCAACGCAGAUCUCCCUCUGCGUCAUCGUCUCCGAAUCCCAAGGGCGAUCGGGAGGCCCAGCAAAGCAAGAAAAGAGUCAAACAAACAGUUCAAGGAGUGCAGAUUGAGAGUGACUCGGAUGUCAUACUGGAGGACGUGGCGACAACGGAAGAACAACGCACGCGUUCAGGUACCCCGCCGCCGUCAGUCUGGAACGCAGGUACAGGAGUAGCUCGUCGCUUAUUCAGCGACUUCCUGAAGACCGACGAGUGGUACGUAGCAGACUCCGAUUCGGAGGACGUUGCAGAAGCUAUGCGAGAAGAUGGUAUGGACGCAGGAGAGGAAGCUGAUGACGAUCCUCUGUGCCCUAAUAUCCCGUUCACAGCCGCCGAAGAGCGUUAA